AUGCAGCUGACCAACGUUUUCGUUUCGUUCCUUUUCGCUUCGGCAGUGUCGGCAAAGGGCAACAAGAAUGGCACCGAUAGUGUCCAGGCCCAGUGCGCUCAGAUGGCCAAGCUUACCCAGCAGGUCGACCUUGCCGCCAAUGAGACCAAGCUGGCCAACAAGUUUGACAACAACCAGACUGCAAUUGAUGCGUUCAAGGCAAAGGUUGCCGACAAGCAGGCCAAGCUGAACACUCUCAGCUCAAACACCACUCUGACGGAGGCUUGCGCCGUAGUCUUCGCCCACGCCCAGUCCGUGCAGGCCUGCAGCAAGAUCCAGGACUGGGAGCAGCAGAUUGCUCUUGCUGCCAACGACACCAAGCUGACCAGCAAGUUCGAUGGCAACACGACCAAGAUCGAUGCUUUCAAGGCCAAGGCUAGUUCCGCCGCAACCAAGCUGGCCGAUAUGACGUCCAACAGCACUUUGACUACCUUCUGUUCCGUACAGCAGACUGUCCAAGAAUGCAGAGCCAUGUCCCAGCUCCAGAAGGCUGUUGCCAUGGCUAGCAACACGACUGCUCUGCAAGCUAAGUUUGAUGGAAACCAAACCAAGAUCGACAAGUUCACCGCCAAGGCUGCGAAGGCACAGUCUAAGCUCGAUGCCUUGAUGGCCAACUCCACCCUCAUGAGCACUUGCUCGUCCCUGUCUCAAGCUGCUACCAACGGUAACACUAACGGUGCCGCCACCACUGACUCCAAGACUGCUUCUGCGGCUGGUAGCAUCGAGGCAGCUGGCAGUAUGAUUAGCGCUGCCGUCCUCGCCAUUACUGCCGCUAUGUUUGUUUUGUAA